AUGGAAACCCAGACCAAGUUCCAAAACUUACCCGAGUUGAAACAUUUACCAGUUAAUGAGGUAAAGCCUUCCUAUGACUUUGUUUUCAAACAGAGUAGCCUCAUUGUAUAAAAAAUGGUUAAUUAGGCUUCUAUUAGCGCGAUGCUUUACGGCAUGAGCGUUACUUGAUGAUAUUGUUGACUUUGGUAUUCGAACGAAACAUUAAGAAGGUAAACAUUGCCGAUUUCGUGAUCUUUUAGCAGGAUAAAAAAGGAAACCUCAAACCAGGAGAUGCAAGAUCGUUUGGUGAAUCACGCGACCCUCAGGAACAGGUGGGUACUCAAAUUUUGUACUGAAAGAAAAAGGUCUCUCCAUUCAAAACAGUUUUACUAUGAUAUAGUAUAUAAUAAGUUACUCUUAGAGCAGUGACGGAUCCGGACCUUGAGAUAAGGGCGGAGGUGGAUCAUUCAGACCCUAAGAUGGGAGGGGGGGGGGGGGGGCCGGUCUCCAAAAAAAAUUUUACCUCAGUUUGGUCAAAAAGUAGGGAGGGGGGGUCGGACCCCCGGGUCCCUCCCCUGGAUCCGCCAGUGAAGAGGGUAGAUGGAUGUUGUAAAGCUUAAGUGUGUCGUUUGUCACAGGAUGAGGAAGGAAUCGAAUAUGAACAGCCAUUUUCUCAAUCACAUGAGCUGAAUCAAAAGCAGGUGUGUUACCAGGUGAUUUUCUUUGAGAAAAAAAAAACGUUAAAUGGUUUCAGCAAAAUUUUUCUUUACAAUGAAACGACGUGUCGACUGUUUCCCUUUGAUUCUCGACACUGAGUAGGUCAAGAGCAAACAAACAUUUAUGUUAUUACCAUUGCUAGUGUGUGACCUUGUUUUUUUCUAAAAUACCAAACUUCUGUCGGUCAAAGCUUUUGUAAACUGGCGAGCCUCUGUUAAAUGACCACCUCUCAUAAGCAAACGCGACCCUUUUUUUCAACUGAUAUUUUAAAAGAGAGGAAAACAUUAACAUAAUCAUUAUCCGUCCAUGUUUAAAAACUGCCCGUUUGCGAUGAGCUGGCGUAGGAUCCAAUAUGCUAAGGGUGCGAAUAAUGGCACGAUAUCCAUUGUUCGCUUUAUGUACUACGUAAUUCUUGAAAAUAUACGUGGCGAUUUUAGUGACAACGCGGCAUUCCAAGCAUUUAAGCUUAGAAUUAUAUUCAAGAACAUCGGCAGAUCUGUCAGAACUGCCCCCUUUAGAGCCCCCUACCCCUCCCCCCCCCUCCCUUACGAUCCGACUCUCGUAGCAAAACAGCAAACCAUGCUCAAACUUUCUUGAAACGCAAACAAACAUAGAAAUAUGCAGGCAAAGUUGUAUCGUCAGCUGGUUUGUCAGUUCUGAAUAGCUUUCCUUGUUCCUUGUCUUGGUAGGAAAUGGGGUCACAGACUGAAUUGCAAGACUCUCUACCUGAGUUGGAGCGUAUCUCUCUUCAUGAGGUAAUUACGGCAGACUUCCGAAGUCUUCCUCUUCAGACAGUGAUAAAAUAA